UUUACAUAUAAAAGACAAAGACUGUGUGGCUCUGGAGGUGCGGUACCACAAAAGCUGUUACAGUCAGUACACCAUGUUUUUGCUGAGACCUGACAAACCAGAGACAGAACAGGAUGAGGCAAUGUUUGAUGCCAGUUACAAGCUGUUCUGUGAGAGGAUCAUCCGCCAGAGGCUGCUUGUCAACAAUGAGGUGCUUAGAAUGGGCCAGCUGAGGCAGGCCUUCAUUGACAUGGUGAAAGCAAACGAAGGUGUUGAUGCUUCAAACUACAGACAGGAUCUGUUGAAGAAGAGGCUGGCUCAAGAUUUCCCUCAGCUAGCGUUUCACAUGCCCACCAAGCGCAACGUCUGCGAACUGGUUUUUGCUGAGACUCUGUCAAAGGAUGCACUCGUGGACAUGCUACCAGAUCCAUCCGGUACGGAAACAACACAGUCCAGUGAAUUGAGCCAGACAGACAGCGACAAUGAAACAGGGAGAACAAAGUGCCAAACAACACAUGAGGACACAAGGACACUGUAUACAGCAGCGUUGUUUUUGAAAAGACUGCUUAGUGACACUCCUGGCAUGUCAUGCCCAUGGCCUCCCACUUCUGAAAAUGUAAAUGUCACUGAAUCUCAAACUGUUGUCCCCAUUGGACUAUACAAUCUGCUCAGCUGGAUUAUAGGUUCCACUGAGGAGCCAACACUGGAUCAUUAUGUCAACAUUGAUGAUGACGUACAUUUGAAAGUGUUGUCUGUUUGUCAAGACAUUGUGUACCUUGCUUCCAAGGGCCGCAAGCAGACACCCAAGUCCUUGGCUUUAGGUUUAACUGUUCGACAUUUAACUGGAUCAUCACGCAUUGUAUCACUGCUUAACAGACUGGGACAUUGUGCAUCAUGGGACACAGUUUUGAGUCUAGACACUAGCCUUGCCCAACUGACACUAGUAGAAGGCAGAGACAAAAUACCGAAGGGAUUCUCAAAGCGGACACCCACAACACUUGUGUGGGAUAACAUUGACUUUGGUGAGGAGACACUAUCGGGUCGUGGAACUACUCACCAUACAAAUGGAAUUAUGCUCCAGAGUGUGCCCGGCGAGCCUAUGUCCACAGCAAUCAGACAGCCACUGAGAAAGGGAGUUACCUCAUUCAUAGCCCCCCCCCAAUGCCUAUACAACCUUACCAUCAGUCCAAAAGGCAAGGGCCACAGAACUUGUGUCAACCAGUGCAGUCAGCGACAUGCAGAAUGGACACCCACUUUGCUGUACAAGCUGAAAUGGCAUAUGCUUUUGUGAAGUCCACAUGUACGGAUAGUUGUACAAUCCCAAGCUGGACAGGGUUCCAUACACUGCUUCAGGAUGAAAACACUCUGCAGAAGUCCGCAUUGUAUUAUCUUCCAGUCAUUGAAGCCUCACCAACAGAGAUGUCAACAGUCAACACUAUCCUGAAGCGAAGUGUCCAGAUUGCUGACCAGCUAGAACUGGAUCAUAUAGUUUUAGUGUUUGACCAGGCUAUAUAUGCCAAAGCACAGCAAA